UUAUAAAAAGGGUCCGGCUACAGCAGCUUUUCCUCGUGACACACAGCCACUAUGGAGCAACAUGGUGCUGGCUCUGCUUUCGUCGUUUGUGUGCUGCUGGCACUUUGUGCCACUCGGACAGCGAAUGGAGGGAACAUCUUGGUGUGGUACACUGAAGGCAGCCACUGGAUUAACAUGAAGCCCUUGCUGGAGGCUCUGGUCGACAGGGGACACCAGGUGACCGUCCUGGCUCCGAGCGUGACGCUGUUCAUGAACACCAAUAUUUCUUCUCGCUUUCAGUACGAAAAGUUUGAAGUAGACAUCUCAAUGGCGGAGAUGGAGACGUUUUUCGACAGCUUUAUUCACUUCUCCUUAUACGAGAUGGAUCAAAUGAACUCUUUGCAGAUUUACAGGAGAUUUAUCGAACUGAUGGCGACCGACAUGCAAUAUGGUUUGAAGUAUUUGGACGGAGUGCUGAAAUCAGACACCGUCAUGAAGAGGCUGAAAGAAGGAAAAUAUGACCUCCUCCUGGCUGACCCCAUCUACCCCGGCAGUGACCUGACAGCAGAGAUUUUGGGCAUCCCCCUGGUUUUCUCUCUGCGCUUUAGCUUUGUGAAUAACUGGGAGAGAUACUGUGGUCAGCUCCCCUCUCCACCUUCCUUUGUCCCGGCUGCUAUGAGCAAACUGACAGACAAGAUGGAUUUCUCAGAGAGAGUGUGGAACUUUGUCUUCUAUUAUAUGAAUGACAUUAUUUUUAAUUACAUUUAUUGGAACAAAGUAGAUGAGUAUUACUCCGAAAUCCGAGGGAAACCGACCAGUGCCUGCCAGAUAAUGAGUACAGCAGAAUUCUGGUUGAUUCGAACCUACUGGGAUUUUGAAUUCCCUCGUCCUUUCCUCCCCAACUUCAAAUACGUUGGUGGGAUCCACUGCAGACCAGCUAAACCUUUGCCAGAGGAUAUGGAAGAAUUUGUGCAGAGUUCAGGAGACGCUGGCAUCGUGGUCUUCACUUUGGGAUCCUUUGUCAAGAACAUGACGGUUGAGAAGGGAAACAUGAUCGCCUCGGCCCUCGCUCAGAUCCCACAAAAGGUGCUGUGGAGAUACAGUGGAAAAAAACCAGAGACUCUUGGUGAUAACACCAGAACAUAUGACUGGAUCCCCCAGAACGACCUGCUGGGUCACCCCAAGACCAGAGCCUUCGUCACCCACGGUGGCACCAAUGGGAUUUAUGAGGCCAUCUACCACGGUGUUCCCAUGGUGGGCAUCCCCUUGUUCGCUGACCAACCAGAAAACAUGAUCCACAUGAAGGCUAAGGGAGCUGCAGUUGCCGUGGACUUAAACUUCAUGAAGGCUGAGGACCUUAGAGAUGCAAUCAAUACUGUUAUCAAUGAGAAAUCGUACAAGGAGAGUGCCAUGCGGCUGUCCAGCAUCCACCAUGACAGACCCAUCAGUCCUCUGGAUGAGGCCUUGUUCUGGAUCGACUUCACCAUGAGAAACAAUGGGGCCAAGCACUUGAGGGUCCAGUCCCAUGAGUUGACCUGGUACCAAUAUCACUGCCUGGAUGUCCUGGUCUUCCUCCUCGCCAUCGUUCUGCUCACCACACUCCUCUUCAUCAUGACCUGCCGUUUCUGCUUUCGGAUGUGCUUCGGCAGGAAAGGCAAGAAAAAGACUGAGUGAUGGACUUUAAAAUGAAAUGGAACGGAAUGAUGGGUGAAACUCUGAUAGUUUUCAGGUUUUCCUGUUGAGUCUGAGGCAUGUUGUGUCCCCACAAUGUCCUGGAUGUGUUUGUGAUCAGGGAUCCACAACUUCUCAAACAACUUAGAGUAGGUAAAAAGCAGAAAAAUAAAACUUAGUCAUCUACAUAGACAAAUACCACAGAUUAACUUUCCUCAAUAAGAGCACGUCUCUUUUGCUCCCUCGUGUAUAGUCAGUAAUUAGUGCAAUUGCUCAAAGGUGUGUGUGAAUUUGCAUAACCACACCUUUUUAUUUUUUGAUUCCACAUUUGACGUUUAAGGCUCAACGUUCAUUGGCUGGUAAAAGAUUAGACACAAAAAAAA